CUCGAGAGAGAAAAAUGAUGUCAACCAGCAGCCGUUCUCAUCAUGCUUCACCCAAGCAAGAACCCUGGCUUCGGAUGUCUUCACGGAUGAAGAAGCGAAGGCCACACUAUGCAUACUCUAGUACAUGUACUCACAACUAGCAACAUUUAUUUUUACAACGUGAGACUCUUUGAAAGCCGCUACAACUCUGCUAAUCCUUGUCUCUUCCAAGCCCUCCGCUUUUCCUGAUUGCUCUUUGUCUGUUGAAUAAAUUUUUGAAAGUGGCAUCAUGACAAUCUUCCGUGUUCUCGUCUGCAUGACAAUUGGAGGUCUCUUGCCUUCUGCCGCCUUUGCCUUGUCUCAACCUCAACCACCCACUGGAGCCUCCGCUGCUGAUAUCAACCCCCAGUCUCCCUCACGCGUGUUUGUGAGUACUCCAUCCAAGAAUAUCCAACGACGUGUCGAUGACUUUAUGACGCCUCGAUCUCAGAUGCACAUCCUGCAUCCGCAAGUCUCCUGCGACGAGGCCAUUUCGGUGCUGCUUUCGAGAGGCAUCUCGGGAGCUCCCGUGGUGGACCCCGAGUCGGGCAAGAUGUUGGGCAUCAUUUCCAGUUCCGAUUUCAUGUUUAAGGAUUAUUCCGGCGCUCUGUUGAAUAUGGAAGGAUCCUCCGAGUCCCUGGCAAACUGUGUCGAGAUGGCACAAAAGAUUGUGGGAUCCACCGUGGAGGAGCUCAUGUCGCACCAAGUCAUGACCAUCAAGAGCAAUGAAGCAAUGGCCACCGCUGCUGACUGGAUGGCGAGAAACAAUCUCCACCGCUUAUUGGUAGUCGACCCGAGCGAUGAAGAUAAUUUGGUCGGAAUUCUGACCCGAUCGGAUGUCAUGAGAGAUGUCAUGACCGUUGUUCAAGCUACCCUGCCUGAGCGGGCAACUGGAGUCGUCGAUGAGAAUGCUGGUGGACUGCAGCCUUAGAAAAAAUCAUUGUAUCCAUGUAUCUAUGAUUGGAGACACCUUCGUUUUGGAAGUUUGAUACGACAAAAAAAACGCUAUACGAUUAUUUUUUGCUUUUAUUUCGGAAAGCGUUUUAGACUGUUGCUUGAAAUUGAACCUGUUUUUGCAUUCUCGC